AUGACCCUGGUUGGUUGUCAUGAUCCCGUUGAAGCCAAAUUCGCGGACAAGCAUAACCCGGAGACCCGAAGACGGAGGCAUGUGGCCGCCGUGGCAGCAGCCGCGGCAGCAGCAGCGGCUGCCGCCGCCGCUGCCUCUGCUACUGGAUGCUGUCUGGUACCUGCCCCCACAGGCAUCCCGGCAUGUCGGGGCACCCUAGUGACAGCAAGUCCUGCCUCGUGUAGCUCACUUUCUGCCAUGGCAUUACAGCCAGUCGCCACCGGAUUUCCAGCCCCACCGGCAGCACCCCACCUUGGCCAGCUCCCCUCCUCUCAGACGCCCGGAAUGCUCGGGCUGCCGGGACACCUUCCCGAAAACCAAUCUACCGGCCCAUCUGCCUCGUUCGGUUUCUCUUCUCCUCUUAGCCUAGCCCAGUUUGUUUCCACAUUCGGAGGCUUUCAUGCGGGAAUUGGGCAACCCUGUUUGGGCUAUGGUAAGGUGUAUUUCUUCUUUACACUCAAAAUAAUUGACAUUAAAAAAAUAUGA